AGACUGGAGCCACGUGCAGUUCUGCUGCCUAAGUUCUGCUAACAAACCGGCAGCCAUAAAUGAGCCAAUCAGAAGUCAGCAGGUACACGGAAGCGAAGCGACGAGGUGAAGCUCGCGUGAAAAACCGCGCCCGUGGACACGUUGCGUCAGAGGAUUAAUCUCGCCUGAAUCAAAGAGUUUUCUCGGGACUGGAAAGAGGACCUGAGUUUGAUUUUUGUCCGACUGCACUAACCGACCCUGAACUUCACAAGAACCUGCACAACUACCAGAGAUGGCUGCAAGUAAACAGGUCAAAAUGGAGGAGGAGGACGGGGCGAAAGAGAAGGAGGAUGUUGAUUCAAAGGAGGGUCAUCACUCCCAUCAGUUCAGAGUGAAAUUCCCAAAUGACAAUGUGGAAUACACCGUUUACUGCAAUCAAGCUUGCACAGUGCUGGAGGCAAUAACAUCAGAACUAAACACACCAUUUAUGAUGAUGAUGAUGAAGAAGAAGAACUGUACAAAUAACAAUCUCAUUAUUCAGAUGGAUGAAGUCAUUGUUGCAACACAUUUUCCUUGUUCUUGUAUCGUGAAGGAUGCCUGCCUGAUCAUACACUGUAAACCAGAAGAGGUCGAAGAGGCCCGAGAUCAUGACAAAGUACUAUCAAGAGACAAAUAUUCUGUCUUUUGCAUUUCUAAAGACGGAGGACAAUUUGCCAAAACAAGAAAACUUUUCAAAAGCAAUACGGUGAAACAUUUCAGUUAUCUCUGUGUCUAUGCAAAGAAAGGGAUCACUGUGAAGGAGGCUCUAAAAGAAGAUGGUCGCUUCCUUGAUCUCCAAGACUUUGAACUGUCCAAAAUUGAGGAUUCAAAGAAACGCACGUUGUGCACACAAAACAUCGACGAUCUCGAUGGCAAAAAAUUCAAGAUAUGUCUAUAUCAAACCCCCAGUCGUGCAAAUCGACAGGCCAACAGUAAGCAACAGGUACAGCAGAAACAGCCAAGUGCGUCAGAAAAAUCACAACAAAACGCUGAGUCUGUGUUACAUCGUGCACAGCAGAGUGAAAUCAGUGUAAGAAGACCAAUGGAAAGCACAUUCAACGGUGAGGUUUCUGAGUGGUUUAAACAUCUGGAAGAAUGGGUGACGAGUGAUUCUUUUGCUACAAUGCUGGAGCUGAGGAAGGAGGACUUUGGAAAGGUCCAACAGUCUUUCAGUGAAAUUGACAGACUCAAGAUGCUGAUAGAAAUGGGGGAGUCUGUUUGUUUGGUAAAAAUAAAUGUGUUUGGUGCCGAGAAUGAGGGCACAGGCUUUGUCCUGUAUGAUAACUUCGUCUUGACAAAUGCCCACUUGUUUAAAGUGUGUGCUGGCUUGAAAAGAGAUAGAUGGAAAGAUGAUGUGAAGAUUACGGUUGUGUUUAACUAUGAAAAAACUAACUGUGAAUCAAAGAAAGAGUUGAAAGCUAAUGUGUGGGAUGGCAAUGAUGCUCUAGAUUAUGCCAUACUUGAGCUCGACAUUGAGAAACAUAGCUCCAACCAAACAACAGAGGAAACUGAAGUCCCACCAGGGCUUCUCAGUAACUUUGGUCCAUCACCUGGGGAUGGUGAAGCCUGUCUUAUUGGUCACCCAAACGGAGGAGUGAAAAAACUGGAUCCUACAUGCAUCAUCCCGAAAGAAAAGCGAGAGGAGUCAGUUAACCAAAAUUUAGAAGGGUACAGUGAUUAUAUUUUGACUCUCUGCUCAAUCAACCAAGAGAUCAAAAAGUGUCCAAAUGCCUGUGUGACCUACAACACUUUCAUGUUUCAUGGUGCUUCUGGCUCCCCGGUGUUUGAUGGGCAUGGCCGAGUUUUCGGUUUGCACUCUGGUGGCUAUUUCUAUGACUUUAUAAAGCCUAAUCAAAGUGUGAUUGAGUUUGCACAACCUCUGCUGACCAUAUUUAGAGACUUUAUGUAUAAACUGAGGGAGAGCAGUAAUAGGAAGCAGUUGGAGAGAAUUGAGGAAGAAGCAAAGGGAAAUCCGUACCUGCAACAGAUUUUGGAGGAACGAAUCCCCAACAUAGGGAUUGAAUACUGAGGAGCCAGUAGACGUCAAAUGGCUACCCAGAUCACUGGCUUCCAGUUGCUGCCCGCAUCAAAUUCAAAACUGACUUGCCUACAAAACUAACAAUGAGAUCAGCUCCCUCCUACCUGAACUCUCUCCUUUGGGUCUACACUCCCUCCUGCUCACGAUGCUCGACCAACAAAAGCCAUGGUCCCUGCUGGAAUCUGAUUGGCCCCCUCUAGUGUUAAGAAGAAGCCAUGUCAGGGUCAGACCAGUGAACCAGACAGGUUCAGGGGGACAGUUCUGACGACGGGCAUCCAAAGCAGGACCAGUCCAGCAGCUGUAGUCCAUCAUCAGCACCAGGCAAGACGCAGAGCAGGACAGACGGACAUUCCUCAAAGCAAAUUAAGAACAACAUCGUUAAUAUAAAAGAGGAGAGCAUUGUGUUUAUGUGUGUAUUUACAUGUAUGUAUCAUUUCAGUGUACCUUGAGCCAUCAGGCUGUUACUAACAUGAGUCUUCACUGUGAAUCAGUUUGAGUGUCAUGAGUUGCUUUUGAAAGAAGCAACUAUUGUCCAUUCCAUAUUGUACAAGUACGUUCUGACCAGAAACCUUUUCCAUAUUGUGUUUAUUUUGUUAGUCUAUAUUUAGUCAUACAAUGUGAGUACAAGUAAACACUUCUCGAGAAAUUGCUAUAGGCUACAGCUAUGAAUACCGCAGUAAUUGGGUGCCCCCCACAAUAUAGCUUAUAUUUUGGGUGCCCCCUAAAAAUAAAACCUAGAAUCGCCACUGGGUGGAACGAGUUACCAAACUCUGUUCAAUCUGCUGACUCCC